UUUCGCCCCUUUGCUAGUGGAUUCAUCCGUUUCUGGACGCUUUUAUACAGAUAAACAAAAAUUGUCCUUACUAAUAACCACACACGUCGAGGCAAAAUACUGCCAGGCGUAUAAUUUUCCCACUUCCAUAAAUUGUAGCACCGCAAAUAACGUUUUACAAGAAGUUUUAGCACUGAGCUCUGCGUUAUCUUGCGUCCGCCGAGUUCUCUUCGCCUCCUGUUGGUCGUCAAGUUAAACUACACGGUAUAAUAAUUCAAUGAAGAUGAAUACAGAGUGGGAGGGCUGGGCUGGCUGUCGAGAGCAGAUUACUGGUAGUGAAAGUCGAGUGGGCAGACUGGAUGUUAAAGAAAGACCCUCCUCUCUUCACUACCGUUGUUCGAGAAACGUGAGGCCCUUCUGAAGAACUCCGGUCCGUCUCCCGGUAAUCCGUUUCAAAGGAAGUUCCGUUGGUUACUCUUUCCCCAGGACACUUACUGGAUCUUUUAAAUAUAUCACUUGUUUUAACUGACUAACGCUAUAUUAACGGCUCCGGCCAUGGCAGCGAGCGCGAAGCGAAAACAGGAGGAAAAACACCUGAAGAUGCUGCGAGAAAUGACGAGUUUGGCGCCCAACCGAAAGUGCUUCGACUGCGACCAGCGCGGGCCGACCUACGCCAACAUGACGGUGGGCUCGUUCGUCUGCACGUCCUGCUCUGGCAUCCUACGUGGCCUGAAUCCCCCUCACAGAGUGAAGUCCAUCUCCAUGACGACUUUCACGCAACAGGAAAUAGAACUUCUACAGAAGCAUGGAAAUGAGGUAUGUAAACAGAUAUGGCUCGGCCUCUAUGACGACCGGAACUUGGCCAUCCCAGACUUCAGAGAGCCUCAGAAAGUCAAAGAGUUUCUUCAGGACAAAUACGAAAAGAAGAGAUGGUAUGUUCCUCCAGAGCAGGCAAAGACUGUGGCAUCGGUUCAUGCGUCGAUCUCUGGUUCGUCUGCUAGCAGCACCAGCAGCACUCCAGAGGUCCGACCUCUUAAAACUUUACUGGGGGAGUCAGUGCCCAGUUUACACCUCAACAAAAACACACCUAGCCAGUCUCCAGUUGUGUCCCGCGCUCAGCUGGCCCAUCAGCAGUAUCAGGACAGGAAGUUUGAUCUGCUCAGUGAUCUGGGUGGUGACAUUUUUGCGCCUCCACACUCACAGUCCACAGGCAACGCAAACUUUGCCAACUUUGCACAUUUCAACAGUCAUUCGGCGCAGAGCGUGAAUGCUAGCGCAGACUUUGCGAAUUUUGAUACGUUCAAAAGUUCUGCUGCUCCAACCACAGCAGCAUUUCCAUCAGCUCCACAGGCUCCAUUUCAGCCCCCACAACCAGUGUACAACAGUCUCCCAUUUAGUCGCAGUGUGGGUGAGUUUACCUCAUUGCUGCCUCCACUGGCCAUGCACAGUAGUUCAUCAGGACUAUCUAAUGCAAACUUUGCGAAUUUCGAUAACUUCCACAAAUCGUGCAGUGCUGAUUUCCCCUCAUUCAGCUCCAGCCAGAGUAACUCAGUGGGAGAUGUGCAUAAAGCGGAUGCAGUGAGUGUCCCUGCAGACCGAUACGCGGCUCUCGCAGACCUCGACAACAUUUUCAGUUCCAAACCUGAGCAAGGUCCAAGUUCAGCUCCUCCGUCAGCAGGUGUGGGUCCUCCACCUCCACAGGCCGCUCUGUUGGGUGGUGAUCGCUACGCUGCUUUCGCUGAACUGGACAAUGUCUUCGGGCCCUCAGUGCCAAAUGUGAGCGGCUACCAAGCGGCCACUACAGCACAAGGGGCUGUUUAUGGAACCUCUUCAGCUGUUCCUACUGCUCAAGCACAACAGGGUUUACCCAACAUCCCUCAGGGUUUUGCAGGUCCUUCAACGAAUCCAUUCGUCGCUCCAGGGGCUCCACAGGCCCCUCCCACUAACCCGUUCCAGGCCAAUGGGAGAGCAGCAGUACCUGGAAUGGGUGUGGCUGCAGCAGACAUGUUAGGACCCCUGCCGGGUCAUUCUUACCCCGCGGCCCACUUUGCCUCUUUCGGUCCUCCGUCAAUGAGUAUGCCCACUGGCUUUGGAAACACUGCCGCCUACAACCUUCCCACCAGCUACAGCGGAAACUUCCAGCAGGCCUUUCCUGGACAGCCGUUCAACCAGCCGCAUGCUUAUCCUCAACAACCCAACGGAGGUUUUGCUGCUUUUGGUCAGGGUAAAGUCACUCCAUUUGGACAGAACAUGGUGGGACAAGCAGUAACCAAUAAUCCCUUCCUGGCGGGGGCGCCAGCAGCACAGUUUCCUGCAGGAGGUUCCACCACAAACCCCUUCUUAUAGCGCACGUUUAGCCUGCGGUGGCCGACCUGCAACUCGACCGCACAUCUUGCACUGUUUUGUUUCCCAAGUAGCUUUAAAAAAACAAGACUUUCCUAACGGAUUUUUAUUGAAUUUUAAAAACAGAAGACUGAAAAAGACACCAGUGGAAUAAAUACACAAUUUCUGAUUACAGACACAGAAAACAAAACAUGUUGCAGAGAAAAGGAGCUCUUUUUUUCUUCUUCUUCUUCUUUUAACUUUUUAGCUCCUUUUGUCAUUCCUGUGAACUGGCCUGGGCUGGAAAGCAUCUGCACCAUGCUGCGGAUUUAAUAAGUUAUUGCAAACCUCCCGAAUCAUGUUAAUGCUGCAAUUCUGUAUAUAAUUCUUUCAUAGAAAUUGCUCAAUUUUAGGUCUUUGUGCAUAUCAGUAUUUGUAUCUCUAACACAGAAAACACAUGCUGCAUAUACGGCGUCGACGUCCGCCAUGCUGUGAAUAACAUUACGCAAGAAUGUGGAAUCUUUUUGGACAUUUUUAGUGUCGCCUUUUUGUGCUUUUGGAGUUUUUGAAAAUGAUGCAAAAAAAAAUGUUUUCUCCGUUAUGAGGAGUUUUGAAGACUCUUUUUGGAUGUCAACUCAUGAGACUUUGACUCAAGACCACUUAUGUUACAGAAAUCUAAGUUAAUGUGUAUAUAUAUAUAAAUAAAUAUAUAUACUAUAUAUAUUAAAAAGAAUUUUAUCUAAAAAAG